GGCUCGGCCCAGUCUGCUUUCAUAUUGCAUGUGAGCCGAUCAAGCGUGGCCUAGUUCUGUACGAAAACUUUCAUCAUUGCAGUUGUACGAAAGAUCGCAUUAUUGAACCAAUUUAAAACGCAUCAUGAUUUCAUCAGCAAAUGUAUUUAAAACUUUGUCUUCUAUGAUACCACAAGUAUCUCGUCAUGUUCGUGCAAGUGCAAGUGGUCUUCGUAUCGUGACGAAAAGAUCGAGCUCCAUUUUCAGCAGACUCCGUUCUAGCUCUUCGGUUCUUGGUUCAAGAAAAUUUCAAAUCCACGACAAGAUUUGCUCUUGCGGAAUUCACCAUAAAUUGACCGAAGGAGAUCAUGAUAUUGUUAAUUUUCUGAAUCAAGAAGUUGAGUAUGAAAAAGAGGCAAUGCAGGAUUUGCCGAAAUUAAAGGAUUUCAAGGUCAACGUUGAUGGAAGUUAUAUAACCCUGUCAAAAAAACAUAAUGGCGAACGAAUUAUUGUUUCAUUUGAUGUAAACGAAAACAUAAACAUUGAUGAAGCGAUGGAUGAUGAAAUAGAGAACGUCGAUGAUGAUUCAGUUCCACCAAAUAUUGUUUCAUAUCCAACAUUUAAAGUACAAUUAACAAAGGACAGUGGGAAAACCCUUCAGUUUUUUUGUGCCUAUAAUACAUCUGAGCAAAUUGCGGAAGAAGAGGAAAUACCUGAUGUGUUUCGAUUCGACAGUGUUUCAGUUUGGCAAUACCCGGACGCACAAGAAGAAGGUGAAACAUCGUAUGAGGCAGAGACAGAAAAUAUGGAUGGGACUUUGUACAAGCUGUUGUUGAAUACUCUUUAUGAAAGAGGGAUAAACAAUGAAUUCGCAAAAGAUCUCCUUGAGAUUAGCACGAUUAUGGAACACAAAGAGUACGUUGGCUUUCUGCAAGACCUCAACGGAUUCUUUUCAGCAAAGCAUUGAAGUGCCACCAACGAAUCCAUCUAUCAUUUGAAGCUACAACCUCUGUGCGAGUCGACGUUGCUCGGUUGUACGGCGUUAAGAAGACAUUGGAUCAAACCAGAACAUAAACCUUUGUGAUAAUGAAACAAAAAAUUCUUCAAAUCGUAGAGUUUUAGCGCUUUGAUUUAAUUUUUAUUUGCUGGUGAAAGAAAGUCAGGUUGUA